GGAAAUCGGUUUCUUACCGGGUUACCCUAAUGCGGACGAUUGCCCGCAUGGAAUCUCGAUCUUUUCCUACCAGUCAACCGGGAAUCCAAGCAGCGAUGUCGGCCGGCCGGCGGUCCAAAUCUGCGUUCGGGAGUUUUAACGGUAGAUCGAAUCAUCCACAUAAAACUUCUUAUGCUUUUGUACGCAUAUACUUUUCUCUUCAGCCGGGCUGCUGGAUGGUUUGCUUCGUCGACCGCGCCUCUGACCCAAGCGGCUAAAUAAUUUCAAUAGCUUCGUCUUGUUAAAUCCCUUCCUCGGUGUUCCUUACUGCUCCGGUACCAUGUUGGGAUUGAAGCUGUCGUUGCCAGGGCAUUGAAAGGGCCAUCGAGGGAGCUUGUAAGCGGAAAGCUGUGAAAACAUCCUGCUGAUUGACAAUGUAUCUUGAACAUGCUGUUUUACCCUUGAUUUGAGGAGUAUCAUGCCAGUUGGUUACUUUCUUUGAGCCCAUUUGGAAGAAAUACUUUCAUCAUCCUUUUUCCAUUGAUGUGAUGUUUUCAGGCACAUCUACAUUUCACACUUCUAGGUAAUGGCAGAAAAGUGGGAUGGAAGCUAUGAUUCCAAUAGAAGAAGCUAUGAUUCCAGUAGACACUCUGAUGAGAGCUAUCACGAAAAGCUUCACAUUGAGCCUCUUUAUGAAUCAUUUGUCUGCCCAUUGACAAAACAAGUAAUGCGGGAUCCUGUCUCCAUUGAAAAUGGGCAAACUUUUGAGAGAGAGGCAAUUGAAAAGUGGUUUAAGGAGUGCAGGUGCAGUGGGCAGAGACCUGUUUGCCCACUGACCUUAAAAGAGCUGAGUAACACUGAUCUCAAUCCCAGCAUUGCCCUGAGGCAUACCAUUGAGGAAUGGACAAAAAGAAAUGAAGCUUCUCAGCUUGAUAAUGCUUGUAGAUCUCUGGGUCCUGGUGCCUCAGAAAGCAAUACUUUACAAGCGAUGGAUUAUGUUGUGAAUAUUUGCAAUAAAAGUUGGACAAACAAGCAUGCCGUUCGAAAGGCCGAGUUAAUACCAUUGAUUUCUAAUAUGUUAAAGAGUAGCAGCAGAAAAGUGCGUUGCAAGGCUCUGCACACUCUCUAUAUAGCUGUUGAAGAUAAUGAUGACAAUAAGCAAGUUAUGGCUGCUGAGGAUACUGUUCGAACAAUUGUGAAGUUUCUGUUACAUGAUCACUCCCAGGAGAGAGAAGAAGCAUUGUCUUUGUUGUAUGAGCUUUCAAAAUCUGAAUCUCUUUGUGAAAGUAUUAGUGGAGUCAAUGGGGCUAUACUUAUAUUGGUCGGGCUAUCAAGUAGUGAAUCAGAAAAUGUCUUAAUUGUUGAGAAAGCUGAAAAGACAUUGGAAAAUUUGGAGAAAAAUGAGAAGAAUGUUAGGCAAAUGGCUGAAAAUGGAAGACUAAGACCUCUUCUUACACUUCUACUUAAAGGUUCGCCUGAGACGCAGCUAUCCAUGGUAGAAUUCUUGGGCGAACUUGUUUUAAGCAAUGAUGUCAAAGUCUUUGUCGCCGAAACUGCUGGUUCUGCUCUUGUUGACAUCAUGAAUUGUGGGAGUAAGCAAGCCAGAGAGGCUGCGCUCAAGGCACUAAAUCAGAUCUCGUCACAUGAGGCAAGUGCUAAGAUACUUAUCCAGGCUGGUAUCCUACCUCCUCUAGUAAAGGACCUCUUUACCGUUGGAAUUAAUCAACUUCCAAUGAGGUUAAAAGAGGUAUCUGCUACCGUACUCGCAAACAUUGUUGCAUCAGGUGCUUGUUUUGAAUCCACUCCACUUGAUCAAGGCCAACAAACUCUAGUCUCCGAGGAUAUUGUCCACAAUCUUCUUCAUCUUAUCAGCAACACCGGUCCUGCCAUUCAAUGCCAGCUCCUGCAGGUUCUUGUUGGGCUCACAAGCUCUUCCAGAACUGUCUUAAAAAUUGUUUCUGCCAUCAAAAGCUCUGGUGCUACCAUCAGUCUCAUUCAGUUUAUUGAAGCUCCUCAGAGGGAUAUUCGCAUGGCUUCAAUAAAGUUGUUGCAUAAUCUCUCUCCUUACAUGGUUCAGGAACUUUCAGAUGCUCUGCUGGGCACUGCCGGUCAGCUUGGUUGCCUGAUUAGAGUUAUAUCAGAAAACAAUGGGAUUACAGAAGAACAGGCAGCUGCAACCGGGCUCUUAGCUGAACUUGCUGAGAGAUAUUCAGGACUGACAGGGCGGCUUCUUGCUGAAGAGGCUUUUCCAAUUAUCUAUUCUAAAGUUAUGAAGAUUAGAGAAGGAGGCAUUCGAGGAGGAAGGUUUGUCACUCCUUAUUUUGAAGGGCUAGUUAGGGUCCUCUCCAGGCUUACAUUUCUAAUGGAGAAUGAAACUGGAAUUAUAGGCCUUGCCCAGGAAGAAAAUCUUGCAGCUCUUUUCAUAGAUCUUCUUCAACCUAAUGGGAUGGAUAUAGUGCAGAUGGUUUCUGCUAUGGCAUUGGAGAAUCUUUCAAAGCAGUCGAAACAUUUGACAAAAGUACCCGAGUCUCUAGAUCCAGGGCUCUGUGCUUCUGUAUUCUCUUGUUUCAGUAAAGAGCCAGUUGUGACUGGCUUGUGCCAGGUUCACCAUGGGCGCUGUUCUAUAAAGGAGAGUUUCUGUUUACUGGAAGGGAAUGGGGUUGAGAAAUUGGUCGCUUGUCUGGACCACAAUAAUGAGAAGGUGGUGGAGGCUUCGCUAGCAGCACUAUGUACUCUGUUGGAGGAUGGGGUGGAUAUCGAGCAAGGUGUACUUGUUCUUUGCGAAGCUGAGGGAAUUAAACCAAUACUUGUGGUCCUACUAGAAAAUAGGACCGAUCUUCUCAGGCAGCGAGCUGUGUGGGCUGUGGAGAGGAUUCUAAGGACGGAGGAUAUAGCUUAUGAGAUUUCAGCAGAUCAGAAUGUGGGGACAGCUCUGGUUGAAGCUUUUCGACAUGGGGACUACCGGACAAGGCAAAUUGCAGAACAUGCCCUAAAGCAUGUUGACAAGUUGCCUAAUUUUUCUGCAAUAUUUCCGAAGGUUGGGGCUGAUUUGUAAUGGUGGACAGAAGCUUGAUUGUGGUAUGUAUGUAUGAUUUUUUCAGGUAUCUUUUUUUUUUUCCCUUAAGUCUAUGUUGCUUUGAUUUCGUUUUUGUUUGAAAUAUUUGUAAAAGAUUCCUUUUUUGGUCGUAA